AUGCCAUCUGAACCAUGGGAAGUGCUAGUGCACAAGAAACAAGCCGAAGCUGCUGCUAAAAUCCCUGCUGCAUGGCGGCUUCCAGAAGAACUGACAAGCAUAUCCGACACAUCUGGCGCGACUGUCCUAGACAUCCCACGACAGUCCGGAAUCUUGUCAGCGCGGCAACUCGAAAUUACCGAGAAAUAUGAUGCGACUGAUCUAUUAGAGAAGCUUCAUUGCCAAGAGUUGUCGGCCUAUGAAGUCACGGAGGCGUUUUGUAUUCGCGCAGCGAUUGCGCAGCAAGUGACUCGAUGUCUUACCGAAACAUUUUUCGAGCGAGCACUGCAACGUGCGAAGGAACUGGAUGAGACGUUGACCAAGACAGGAACACCUGACUGUUUCAAUAUCGAAGGAAUUCCUUCCACAAUCGGAUAUACCUCGUUCAUCGGGAAUGGCCCUGUCAGCUCGAACUCUCCUGCUGUUCAGAUCAUGCUCAACCUAGGGGCCAUCCCAUACGUGAAGACAAACGUUCCGCAGACGAUGAUGGCCGCUGAUUCCCAUAACUACGUAUUCGGCCGGACCCUCAAUCCUCACAGAUCAAAUCUGACCGCCGGGGGAUCGUCUGGGGGCGAAGGGGCACUGAUUGCCAUGAGGGGAUCAGUGCUGGGAAUUGCUACAGAUAUCGCUGGCUCCAUUCGAAUUCCCGCUAUCUGUAACGGGACCUACGCGUUUCGACCUUCCGCGGACCGGAUCCCAUAUGGAGGACAAACUAGCUCCGCUCGUCAGGGGCUGGCCGGGAUCAAGGCUUGUGCCGGGCCCUUGGCAACCUCAGUCAGGGAUUUGGAGUUGUUCAUGAGACUCACAACGAAUGCGGAUCCCUGGCAACUGGAUUCUUCGGUGAUAUACUCUCCAUGGCGUACCAUUACCCCUAAGCCAGGUCUGCGGCUGGGAAUUCUGCAGGAAGAUUGUCAUUUUCCAUUGCAUCCACCCGUUCUGCGAACCCUUACAAGCGCAAACGAGAAGCUGGUUGCGGCUGGACAUGAGAUGGUCUCACUCAAGACCACGCUCAUUCGGGACGCAUGUGCGCUGGCUUUCCGCAUGUUCUCGAUGGACCCAGCUCGGACCGCGUUCCAACAUAUUGCUGCUAGUGGAGAGCCAACCAUUCCUGCACAUAAGUCAACAGCUCUACCACAUGAUUACAUGCCAUUUGACUACGCACCAUUGACCCUAGAGGCAUUGUAUGACCUUAACAUGCAACGCAAUCAUCUGAAGGAGCAAUUUCGCUCUCUUAUCACUCAGGCCAAGAUAGACGCCAUCAUUUGCCCAGGAUAUCAAGGCACUGCCCAACCUCACGAUGUCUUUGGCUUUGUGCCUUACACCGUUCUAUGGAAUGUGAUGGAUUACCCAAGCUGCAUCAUCCCGUAUGGCAAGGCGAUGAAGAGUGCCGAUAAGGAAUUUGUUCGGGACGUAAAUUACAGACCUCCAUAUUUGCCGGAUGUGAUUGAGGGAGCACCGUGCUGCGUGCAGCUUGUUGGUAGGCACAUGCAUGACGAGGAGCUGCUGAACAUGGCGGAGCUUGUCUCCCAGGUACUUAAUCCCUGA